CGGCCGGGCGUGAACGUAUCGUAGUGUGUUUCAUUUCGCGCCAAGCUCUCGCGAUACGCGGCAUUUUGAAUUUUCAAUUUCGAACGUCAAUAUAAAAUUUAUUUUUAUCGGAGUGGCCAGUGCUAUGAAUUAUGUUAUUGAUAUAACCUAUUUGGUCGAGUGACUAAAAAAUUAUGGAUAAUGGUGGAAUUUUCACGAUUUGUGGCGUUUUUCCUCUAGCGCAUUGUGUUUUCUUUGUACAAAUUGUAAAGUGCGUAAUGUUAUUGGAUUUUGUGGACUUCUAGGUCGAGAACACCGCCCGAAAUAGCAUGGCGCCUAAAUGUUUAAAGUCCAACACGUAGGGGAGUACGUCCUCCCACGAUGUAAAUAGAAUCGAGGGUAGAAGUAAAAAUGUCGAACUGUAGACGCCGGUUGCGUGUGACGCGUGGGUUUCAACCGUUAUUCCUACUGUUACGGACAUUGCUGUGUUUGAGUGUGGUGUGGGGGUAUCAUGAGCAGAAGUUCGCCAUGGAGCCGCAAGAUCAGACAGCAGUGAUAGGGUCGCGUGUGACCCUACCCUGCCGGGUGGAAAACAAGGCUGGUCAACUUCAGUGGACGAAGGACGACUUCGGUCUAGGUCUGCAUAGAGACCUGAGUGGCUACGACCGGUAUAAAAUGAUCGGAAGCGAUGAAGAAGGGGACUAUUCUCUCGAUAUUCGUGAUGUGACGCUUGAAGACGAUGCCAAAUACCAGUGCCAAGUCAGCUCGGGUUCCAGAGGUGAACCUGCAAUUAGGUCACGCUACGCCCGCCUAACAGUCCUAGUGCCGCCAGAACCACCGAAAAUUCUACAAGGGAAUUUCUACUCUACCACUGAAGAUAGAAUCAUCAAACUCGAGUGCGUCUCGGUGGGUGGGAAACCACCAGCUGAGAUAACUUGGGUGGACAGUAACGCGGGGGUUCUGACCCAGGGCGUCACGUACACUGUAGAAGCGUUACCAGAUGGACAGAGAUUUACCGCCAAAUCCGUGAUUAAAAUGACGCCCAAACAGGAGCACCAUAAUCAGACGUUCAUCUGCCAAGCGCAAAACACUGCUGACAGGGCGUACAGAGCUGCCAGUAUACAGAUCGAGGUAAAAUACGCGCCAAAAGUGAAAAUACAGAUUAAAACAGGAAAAAGAAUACCGGAGGGGAAAGACGUUGUUGUUGCCUGCACCGCGGACGCGAAUCCGAGUAAUUUGACAUUCAGAUGGGUUUUAAAUGAAUCGAUAAUUGGAAACAGUUCAGAGCUGGUAAUACCGAAUGUGACAAGACAGUACAACGGCGCCAUUUUGAAGUGCAUGGUUUUCAACGCAGUCGGUAAAAGCGAGGAGACCGAAACCCUUGAAGUUACAUAUGCACCCACAUUCAGAAACCGUCCCAAAGAUGUAGAAGCUGAGUUGGGUAAGCAAGUCACGCUGAGUUGCGACGUGGAUGGGUUCCCGGCGCCCGAAAUUAAAUGGUUACAUUUUGAAGAAGACACUAAUAUUAGCGUUGGCAGAACAGCAAAUCUAACUUUAACGGUAGACACUCACACCUCCGGUCGAUACUUAUGUAAAGCAAGAGUAGAGGGCUACCCAGAAAUCGAGGCCGAGGCGUCUAUAUUCAUUAAAGGACCGCCAAAGAUACUGUCCAACGCAACGCAGUUCGGUUCCCAAGGUGAUACAGUCAACAUAGUCUGUGCUGCCUUCGCAGUACCCAAGAUCGAUAACAUCGUGUGGACCUUUGAAGGCCGAGAAAUCGACGGUGUGCAUGACCAGGACUACGCGUUCCAAGAAGACCUCCAGCCUGGGGGCAUCGUGAACUCCACGCUCAUCAUCAGGGAGAGCCAGGCGAAGCACUUUGGCUUGUAUAGAUGCAACGUCUCGAAUGAUUAUGGCAGUGAUACUCUGGACAUUGUAGUUCGACCUAACAAAUCCUUCCCCCUGCUGCUGAUUCUGUUCGGAGUGACCUCCGGCACAAUAAUGGUGGCAGCGGUGAUAAUGCUGGUAAUACUGUGCCAGAGGAAGCAGAGGAAGAACAAACAGCAGGUGACCGAGAAGCCGGACGUCACAGUGACGGCGGAGGAAUUAUACAAGGAGAACGACAGGAAUUCAAAUAUAAGCGACCUGAAGUUGGAGCUGCGGCAGGCGAACGGGACAUGUGACAUUGACUACUCCAACACGGGGUCUGACAGCACCCUCUGCUCGAACGCGAAGCUGGGUAGCGGCGCGCCGCUCGCCGGCUCGGCGCCGCUCGCGCAGACCUUCCCCUAUCGAUAUAGCAACGAUUAUAGCGAUCCAGCGUACGCGGAUUAUAAGGUAAAUGGAUAUUCGACGUACGUACAUUACGGCCACGAUUACACGCCGGGCUCUUUGAGAGUUCAGUCACCUACGAUGGGCAUCGAUAAGCUGACACCGAAUAGCAGAUCGAUAAACGGCAGCCUGCCCAGGAGCAUAGACACGUCGCUACAGCUGGCGGGCGGCGGCAGCCAGAGCAACUCGCUGCAACGAGCAAAGCGGCAGGGCAGCAAUAGUGCGCUUAACAGCUUGGGCGUGCCGAGUACGGAAGGUAAUCGGGUUGGCAACGGUGGCAUAAUACACGGUGUGGACGUGAGAUACGCAGCCACAUAUGGGAAUCCACAUUUACGUAGUGGGAUCGGUUUUACCGUGAACACAGCGAAGCCCGCGUCUACACCAGCACCGCCACCUUAUUCUUCUGUUAGGAGUUCUGUUAUUAUACCCUCGGGUACAUCGUCCCACUCUAUAACAUCGCCGACGAGCCUCGCCUCGCCGCAGUGCGCGACGAGCCCGAUCACUAACUCUACUAUGUCCACAGACAGCGCACAGCCCGUCGGAGUAGUGACAUCGUCAACAACACCGCAAUCUCCAAGCUCUCAUUAUAUAUUAGCACCAGCAACUCGAGCUUUGACUAAUGCAAGCGUUACCAAGAAAGGUAACGGUAUCCAAACACCGCUCGCCACUCACGUAUAACAGAAUACCGGUAUUCCGAUAACGGAAAAUACCGUUAUUUAAGGAUAUAACGAAAAGUGAUAACGAACUAUGAAGUGAUUUAGUGUUAUUAUGAAAUAACGGACAGUUAUUUGUAACUACGUUAUGUAUUAGGAUGCAUGAGUUAUUUUCAAAUGCAACGAAAUUUGUAAAAGUUGUGUGGACAUUUUUAAAUAAACGGUUAUUAAAAAUCAAUAUGAAAUACGCCAAACGGUUUGUUAAAUAACUAUAUAAAUAGAUAUAAUUCUAAUGUGUUUUUGUUGUUAACAGCAGCACUUUUGUAUAAUAUUUUAGUUAUUUCAAUAAUAUAUUAAUAAUUGUUGUACUAUUUCGAAUAGUUAACUAAAUUUAUCUGAACUUUAGUCAAUUUCAAGACAUCCGACUGAGACUGGUCUAUUAUAUUAUUAUAUUGUAUAAAAUGUAAAUAAUUAUGUAUAGAUAACUUCUUGGCUUCACUAUAUAGGUUCAACCGACUUCGAAAAAAGCAGUUUUUUCGGUUACCUCAGUACUAGUGACUGGGUGAAACAAUUUUGAUUUUUCUUUUUUAUUUGAAUGCUGGUGCCACACACGUGGUCUUGUAAAUAAAGUCUAUUUCAUUUUCUUCAAAAAAUAUCUUUUUAUUAUGUUUAUUAUUUCCUUUUCGCCAGAUUUUCAAUAUCAUGUAGAUUUUUUUUGUUAUUAAUUGUGUUUUUUUGACGCUACAAUAUAAAUAAUUUUGUUUAUCGAGUUAUAUUUAGGCCUAUAUAGUACGUAAAUAGAUUUCUUUUAGAUCUGUUAAUAAAAAACCAUUGAAGUGAAGCCAAACUAUGACUGUUGCACUAAUUAUGGCCUUUCCAUUUGAAAUCUAGAUAAGUUAAGUCUUACGUACACUAGUGCAUUCUUUAAGUUCAAAGAAUCGGACAUCUUGAGAUAAUUUAUCUCAAGUCUUAUAUCAUAGUCUUGAAAUGUAUUAUUAUUAAAUAAUAUAUAUUGUUUUAUUUAUGUAGUGCUUAAGAUUUAUUUUAAUGCCUAGAACCCAGCGAGCAUUGACUAUGUCCUAAAUUCAAGCUUUAAGGUUAUAUAGUGCCAUUCAUAUCAUGGACAUAUCUUAUAACUGGAUCUUGGUAUGGAAAAAAAUUAAUAUAUUUUGCAUUAGAUAAAUUUUACGUAAUAAAUAAUGCAAAUAUGAGUCAGUGAAAUUAAUUUAUAUUUUAAUAGUGUAUUAUUUAAUAGACAUUUCAAAUUAACGGACUUUUCACUGUUCACAUAUCAUGUUAUAUCAAAAUGUCUAUGCUCAAAAUGAUGCAAUGCAGCUCUAGAUCAAUUUCACCUCAAUUUCGCUCUAAGACUGACUAGUGUAAAUUUUCUUUGUUUCGAUCAUUUGUAAUGCACUAAACAUCAUUAAAAAUAGUAAAUUGAUUAAAUCUAGACAUUAACCGUCCUCUUUCUUAUGUCAAACUGACAUAUUCAAUUAAAAAAGUAGGUAAAGUACGAGUGGGAGUAGGACUCGCGACGCUAAAGGGCACCUGCAAAAAAUUGGUCACCCAUCCAAUUUGUGACCGUGCCAACCGUUGCUUAACCUAGUUUUUUACAAUUUGUUCUUAUUGCGGCAACACGUCUCCGAAAAUAUGAACUACAUCACGGUUCUUGAGAUACAUCCUGCUGACAGACAGACUGACGAACAGACAGCGAAGUAAUAGGGUUUACCUCUUUCUGAAAAGCCGGAAGCAUCUUCACAAGGUCAAAAAAUCUUCUCUUAUGAAGGCUAAUGGAUGGUGGUAUUAGGCGGUGGUACUGGGCGACCCACAUGUUUGUUUACCCGCUUUAAAAAAAAGCGUCCCGUUUUGCCCUUUUGGGCAACACUAAAAUCGAAUAAAACAUGACAACGCUGACGUCAGCAUUGUGAACUUCUAAGCUAUUGUUAAAUGACCUAAAUAAAGCAUUUCCACCGCUGACCUACACGGUAACUAAUUUCAGAAUUCAUUUAGGCAUUUAGCGUCAUAUUCUCAGAUUUUUGCGUUCCCAGUCUUUCAUAUAAACACAUGCCAUUGUUAAGAUAUUAAGGCAAUAUUCAUAGAACUGAUAUUAGUAUAGGCCCAUUGAAAUAUGAAAAUUUAGAAACAAACAUAAGUUUAUGAAACAAUGGUUAUAUACUAAAAUGGUCCCUAUUGAAGUUGGCUAUUGAUCCAAAUCAAAUAUAGCUCAUUAAAAUUAACGAUUUUGGGUCUGACGAGUCAUUGAGGUCAGUUUGUUGCCGUAUCUAUAUAUUAUUAAUUGGGUAGGUACUGGUAUAUAUAUUGUGGAGAUAUGGUAAUAUUUAGAACAGAAAAAUUCGAUUGACCUUAUACAGGAUUCUGUCGAUUGCGUGUUUCCUUUUACCCGACUGAGUGCAGAAGGGUAAUGUUUUUCGAGCGUAUGCAUGUAUUGGACUAUGUCAUUUCGGCACGCCCUACUGCCCGAACGGCUGGACGGAUUUUGACAUGUGGUGUUGUGCGUUGUAAUUAACAGAAUUGUGAUAGUGAUAUAAGAAUAUAUCAAUAUUGCUCUUACAAAUAAAAAGGGGGGAGUGGGGUGCUUAUCCUAUCAAUAACAACACUUUACAGCGAGCGUGGUCACGGUGAGAGAGUCGUAAACAUCGUAAUAAUAUCAUGAAUAAAUCGCGUUUAAAAUCCAUUUAAAAGUCAUAAAAGUUAUUAGUUAUUAUUUCAUAAUGAGUACUAUAUCCUCGCAAGCGAUAAUUUCGGCAAUAAUGAAUCAAUAUUGUCAAAUUUGAUAUUAAAAUUAAAUGACUACAAUAAAGUAAAACAUUUCACCACCAGUUUAUAUACAGCACACCGAUACCACUUAGCUGUUGUUUAUAUCACUGAAACACAAAAAACAACUUUGUUCAUGAGAAUGAAUUCUAUUGGUUGAUUUCUUUUUCAUCCGCAUGUUAAUACAGUUUUAUACGU